AUAUCUCUGUAAGCUUCUAAACCUUGUUUGCUUUCUGUUCGAUUAAUCUGAGAUCAUUUUCCUCACACAUUGAUUCUGAAUCAGGCAAUUCGUGGUGGAUAUUCGGGGCGGGCGAAUUUUCAUUGAUUUUCCAUUGAAUCUGCGUGGUUAUCUAUUCGGAUUCGUGUUAUCGGAGCUGAAUUUGAGAAUGGAGGUAGAGAAAUCCAAAUAUAGGAGCGAAGAUUUGGACGUGGUGGAGGAGGAGAGUCGGCGAGAUCGUGAUCGGAGUAAGGAGCGGAAGAAGGAUAAGGGUUCAGAGAAGCGUCGAGAUAAGGAUAGGCGGAAGAGACGGUCUGAGAGAGUUAAGAGUAGUGAUUCUGAAGAUGAUUACGAUAGAGAUGAUGAUGAAGAGAGGGAGAAGCGUAAGGAGAAGGAGAGGGAGCGGAGACGGAGGGUGAAGAGACGGUCUGAGAGAAGGAAGAGUAGUGAUUCUGAGGAUGAUGAUGAAGAAGAGGAUGAGAGGGAUAAACGCAGAGUGAAGGAGAAAGAGAGAGGGCAUCGAGAACAUGAGAGAGAUAGAGGGAAAGAUCGGAAAAGAGAUAGAGAGAGGGAGGAGAGGAAGGAGAAAGAAAGAGAAAGGGAGAAGGAUAGAGAGAGGAGAGAACGGGAACGGGAAGAGCGGGAGAAAGAGAGAGUUAAAGAAAGAGAAAGGCGGGAACGGGAAGAUGGAGAGAGGGAUAGGAGAGAACGUGAGAAAGAAAGGGGUAGUAGGAGGAACCGGGAGAGGGAAAGGUCAAGGGAGGUUGGCAAUGAAGAGAGUGAUGAUGAUGUCAAGCGUGACUUGAAACGUAGAAGAAAAGAGAGCGGUGAACGCAAGGAGAAAGAGCGUGAAAAGAGUGUUGGCAGAUCUAGCAGGCAUGAAGAUAGUCCAAGGAGAAAGAGUGUCGAGGAGGAUGGUGAAAAGAAAGAGAAGAAAACCCGAGAAGAAGAACUAGAGGAUGAGCAGAAGAAAUUGGAUGAGGAGGUGGAAAAACGAAGGAGAAGAGUCCAGGAGUGGCAAGAAUUGAAGAGGAAGAAGGAGGAAGCUGAAAGUGAAAGUAAGGGUGAUGCGGAUGGUAAAGAGCCCAAGGCCGGUAAGGCUUGGACUCUUGAAGGAGAAUCUGAUGAUGAAGAAGUCCAUCCGGAAGAAAAAUCAGAAACAGAAAUGGAUGUUGAUGAAGAGAUUAAACCUGAAAAUGAUGGAGAUGCCAAGAUGGUAGACUUGGAGAAUGAGACAGCUGCUACUGUCUCUGAGAGUGGAGGUGAUGGAGCUGCAGACGAAGAGGAAAUUGAUCCUUUAGAUGCUUUUAUGAAUACUAUGGUAUUACCUGAGGUUGAGAAGCUUAGCAAUGGUGCUCCUCCCCCAGCAGUGAACGAUGGUAUUUUGGAUUCUAAAAUGAAUGGGAAGGAAAGUGAUGACCAGCCAAAGAAAGGUUUUAAUAAGGCCCUUGGUAGGAUAAUUCAAGGUGAAGAUUCUGAUUCAGAUUAUUCAGAACCAAAGAAUGAUGAUGAUCCAAGUUUAGACGAAGACGAUGAGGAGUUCAUGAAGAGAGUAAAGAAGACAAAAGCUGAGAAGUUGUCCCUUGUUGACCACUCAAAAAUAGAGUAUGAACCUUUCCGGAAGAACUUCUAUAUCGAAGUGAAGGAUAUCUCUAGGAUGACACAAGAAGAAGUUAACACUUACAGAAAGGAAUUGGAGCUGAAAGUUCAUGGAAAGGAUGUUCCAAGACCCAUAAAGUUUUGGCACCAGACUGGGCUAACCAGCAAAAUUUUGGAUACUAUGAAGAAGCUUAAUUAUGAAAAGCCAAUGCCUAUUCAAACACAAGCACUCCCAAUCAUCAUGAGCGGUCGAGACUGCAUUGGGGUUGCAAAAACCGGUUCAGGUAAAACCCUUGGUUUUGUUUUGCCAAUGCUGAGGCAUAUCAAAGAUCAGCCUCCCGUUGAAGCUGGUGAUGGGCCAAUUGGGCUUGUAAUGGCACCUACUAGGGAGCUUGUUCAGCAGAUUCACAGCGAUAUCAGAAAGUUUUCUAAGCCAUUGGGUAUAAGAUGCGUCCCUGUGUAUGGAGGAUCAGGAGUUGCCCAGCAAAUUAGUGAACUUAAACGAGGUACUGAGAUUGUUGUGUGCACUCCUGGCAGGAUGAUUGAUAUCCUUUGCACAAGCAGUGGGAAAAUCACUAAUCUGCGAAGAGUCACAUUUUUGGUAAUGGAUGAAGCUGAUCGUAUGUUUGACAUGGGUUUUGAGCCUCAAAUUACUCGUAUUAUUCAGAACAUUCGACCGGAACGUCAAACUGUCGGUGGAAGGAGUGUUGUGAAUAAGGAUAUAACUCAGUUAGUUGAAGUCAGACCGGAGAGUGAUAGGUUCUUUAGACUUCUGGAACUUCUUGGGGAAUGGUAUGAGAAAGGGAAAAUUCUGGUUUUUGUUCAGUCGCAGGAAAAAUGUGAUGCCUUGUAUAGGGAUAUGAUUAAAUCUAGUUACCCUUGUCUGUCUCUUCACGGGGGUAAGGAUCAGACUGAUCGUGAAUCAACUAUAUCUGAUUUUAAGAGCAAUGUCUGCAAUUUGUUGAUUGCCACAAGUGUUGCGGCUAGGGGUCUAGAUGUGAAAGAGCUUGAGUUGGUUGUAAACUUUGAUGCGCCGAACCACUAUGAAGAUUAUGUGCAUCGCGUUGGCAGGACAGGCAGGGCAGGGCGUAAAGGCUGUGCUGUGACAUUUAUCUCCGAGGAUGAUGCAAAAUAUGCACCAGAUUUAGUCAAGGCCCUGGAACUUUCUGAGCAGCCAGUUCCUGAUGAUCUGAAAGCACUUGCUGAUGGUUUCAUGGCGAAAGUGAAACAGGGUAUUGAGCAAGCUCAUGGAACUGGCUAUGGUGGUAGUGGCUUUAAAUUCAACGAAGAGGAGGAAGAAGUCAGAAAAGCAGCAAAGAAAGCACAAGCAAAGGAGUAUGGCUUUGAGGAAGACAAGUCUGACUCAGAAGAUGAGAAUGAUGUAGUAAGAAAGGCAGGUGGUGGUGAGAUCUCACAGCAGCAGGCUACUUUUGCUCAGAUAGCCGCCAUUGCUGCUGCUGCCAAAGCUGCUGCUGCUCCAGUGAGUGCUCCUGUGACAGCUAACCAAUUGCUGCCAAAUGGUGGCGGGCUUGCCACCAUGCCAGGUGUCCUUCCGGUUACUGUUCCUACCCUUCCUAGUGAAGGGGCAGGCCGUGCUGCAGCCAUGGUUGCUGCCAUGAAUCUGCAACAUAACCUGGCAAAGAUUCAAGCGGAUGCAAUGCCUGAGCACUAUGAAGCAGAACUUGAAAUCAAUGAUUUCCCACAAAAUGCUCGUUGGAAGGUCACCCACAAAGAAACUUUGGGUCCUAUAUCAGAGUGGACUGGAGCCGCUAUUACCACCAGGGGUCAGUUUUAUCCUCCAGGACGUAUACCGGGACCUGGGGAACGGAAGCUGUACUUAUUCAUUGAAGGGCCUAGCGAAAAAUCAGUUAAGCAAGCAAAAGUUGAACUCAAGCGUGUUCUUGAAGACAUUACAAAUCAGGCCAUGUCGUCACUUCCUGGAGGAGCAACCGGCAGAUACUCAGUCCUUUAAUGAAAGCAACCAUGAGGUGUGUGAUUAUAAGGGAUUCAAAUCACUGAGAGUUUUAUUAAACAAGUAUUAUUGGUUGAUGUUGUGGAAUACAAUCUUUGCACAAUU